AUGGGCGAAGACAUAAAACUCCAACCACCUGCUCAAGCGCACACAACAGCACCCCUACCCUACGACUACGAAGCCCAACAAGCCUACCCAGUCAAGAACAAAAUCCGAACAUGGGAAGACACACGCCGUGAAUGGAAACAUGGAUCUAAGGCAAGGGUUGUCCAGUACUAUCUCGCAUAUUUCUUGAUUGGCCUUAUUUCGGGGGCGAUUGUCGGCAUUAUCAUUGGUCUUGUUCUUCGGUAUACAUGA